AUAGGGUACACGAUUCCUUCUGGCUGUCACCCCUGACUCUGCUUUCACACUCUCUUUUGCCUUUAUGUUCUCCCCUCCGAAUUCUGUUACUUCUGUUUACCACUUAGCCUUCCAUGAUCAUUAUGCCCUCCUCGUCUCUUUCACUUCUUCCUCUCUCUCUCUGUCUCUCUGAAGAUUUUACUAAUUAACAUGUAAAGUGGAGUCGGCAAACACCGUCUGUGCCACUGUGGGCCUCUACUCCUUCACAUUUGAGCAUUUUGUUCCUUCUUUCAUGCUCUACUCUGAACGGCAGCAACGAUGAGAAAUUGGGUCAUUUUGGCUCUUAUUUUUGUCGUUCUUUUUGGUGGGUUUUCUUCAGCUUCAGCUACACAUCCUGCAAAAAUUGUUAGUGGGGUCGUCUCCAAUGUGGUCUCUGCUCUUAUUAAGUGGCUGUGGACACAGAAGUUCAUCACUAAGACAGCGGUUUCUAAUCGUUCGAUGAUGAAAUUUGAGGCGGGAUACACGGUGGAGACGGUAUUUGAUGGAAGUAAGCUUGGCAUUGAACCAUACUCAGUUGAGGUGGCCCCAAGUGGGGAGCUUCUUGUUUUGGAUUCUGAAAACAGUAAUAUGUACAAGAUCUCAACUCCAUUGUCUCGUUAUAGCAGGCCCAAGCUGGUUGCUGGAUCUCCUGAAGGGUAUUCUGGGCAUGUAGAUGGGAAGCCAAGAGAGGCAAGGAUGAACCACCCAAAAGGACUUACCGUGGAUGAUAAGGGAAACAUUUACAUUGCAGACACUUCAAAUAUGGCUAUUAGGAAGAUCGCUGAUUCAGGGGUAACAACUAUUGCAGGUGGAGCAUGGGACCGAGGAGGUGGUCAUGUUGACGGUCCAAGUGAAGAUGCAAAGUUUUCGAAUGAUUUUGAUGUGAUUUAUGUUGGAGCUAGCUGUUCACUUUUGGUUAUAGACAGAGGAAACCGGGCAAUUCGAGAGAUCCAACUAAAUGAUGAUGACUGUUCUUACCAGGAUGAUAGUACUUUCCAUUUAGGGAUAGCAGUUCUUGUUGCAGCUGGGGUUUUUGGUUACAUGCUGGCAUUGCUGCAACGAAGGGUGCAAGUAAUGUUUUCUUCCAAAAAUAAUUCAAGAGCACCAAUAACGAAAGGUUCACCAGUGGGACCAUAUCAGAGACCUCCUAAAUCAGUGAGGCCCCCCUUGAUUCCACCUGAAGAUGAACCUGAAAGACCAGAAGAGGGAUUCUUUAGUUCUCUUGGGAAGCUUGUCCUCAACACUGGCUCAUCUGUAGCUGAGAUGUUUGGGGGAUUAUUUUCAGGCUCCAGAAGAAAGCCCCUCCUCCAUCAUCAGCACUACCAACAACUGAACAAACAUUCAAGUGCAUGGCCCAUGCAGGAGAGCUUUGUGAUACCUGACGAGGAUGAGCCACCACCAUCAAUAGAAACUAGACCACCUACACCAAAAAAGACCUACCCUUUUAUGACCAAGGACCUGGAGAGGAACCACAAUAUCAAGCAAAGUCAAGCUUACUAUAAUGGCUGGGAUGGCGAUUACCGCCAACAACAUCAGUACAUGCAGCAUCUGCAACAACAGCAGCAUAGGCAGCAGCAUCAGCAACAACAGCAGCAUCAUCACAGGCAUUUUUCAUCUGGCCCACAAACUUACUAUGAGAAGAGCUGCGAAACGAAUGAAAUAGUCUUUGGGGCAGUUCAAGAGCAGGAUGGACGGCGAGAAGCUGUGGUAAUAAAGGCUGUUGACUAUGGAGAUCCUAUCUAUAAUCACCAUAAUAUUAGACCCCGAUUUAAUUACACGGGUUACUCUCAUGGACAUCCAUCAUCGAGUGCUGCUUUAUUUUAGUAAAGGGAUUGCUAGCUUAUAGCCUUAUGGUAUUAGUGCUGCUCGUUUUUCGUUUUUGUUUUUUUAGGGGUAAUGUUAGUUCUCCACAGUUUCAUUCUGGUAAAAGGAAGUACGAGAAUGUAAUAUAUGACUAAAACCGAAUUGUAGUUUGUUUUUACUAGAAAUCAAGAAUGGAGGGACAGAUAUUUCCCCAGGCCCGAUCAACCUGUAACUGCAAGCCCAGCGAACGGGAAGUAAGGGGGGCUGCAGCAUGUAGCCACAAGAGGAUAUCAACGGUAUAUUCAAGCCCUGUUAAUGAUAUAACCAUCUAGGAAAUUUCGAGCCUUCCUAUUCGAGAUUCUCGCUCAUAACAAUGUUUCCUUCUUUGAUCAUUGUCUAUCCAAAGUUUGAUAUUCAUCAUAUCCAAGAUUAUCGGAGCGUAUUAU